AGUCACACCCCCCACAAAAAAUCCAAAGACACACACAGUAAUGGUAAAAAAUCACCCUUUAUUCCCCACUUCUUUCUCUCUCAUUCUUCUUUUUCUCUCAACCACCCUUCUCAUUCCCCGACCAUAACGUCGCUAUUUAGUAUUCACCGCCAUGUCACCACUCAAAUCUUCAAUUCUCGCCAAACCCAUCACCAUCACCGCCGCCACCCUGUUCUUCCUCCUCCUCACCACCACCACCACUACAGCCCAAGAUUUCGAUCUUGAAUCCGAAUGCACCAACAAAUGGAUCUACAUCCGCCCCCUUCCACCCCAAUUCAACGUCGACCCUUUAUCCAACUGCUCAGAAUACCCAAUUUUCGACAACUUCUGCCCCUACGUUUCCAACCACGGACUCGGCCAAAAAACCCACAACAAAUCUCACAGCUGGUACCGCACCGACCCUUUUAUGCUCGAACUCGUCUUCCACCGUCGAAUGCUCGAAUACCCAUGUCUAACCUUCGAUCCCAAUUCGGCCAACGCCAUCUACAUUCCUUACUAUGCCGGCAUAGAUAGCCUUCGAUACCUCUAUGGACCUGAAGUCAAUUCAAGUUUCGAACACGGGCUUGAUUUAUUUCAAUAUUUGUAUCAUUCCGAUUCCCCGGAAAUAUGGAGGAAAAAUUCCGGCCAUGACCAUUUUUUGGUGAUGGCACGUCCAGCUUGGGACUUUAGCCAACCUUUAUCUAAUGAUCCACCAAUUUGGGGCACUUCAUUUCUUGAAUUGCCGGAGUUCUAUAAUGUUACUGCAUUAACAUUGGAAGCAAGAGCUUAUCCAUGGCAAGAACAUGCAAUUCCGUAUCCAACUUCAUUUCAUCCUCCGAAUAUGGCUCUUUUUGAAUCAUGGGUGAGUAGGGUGAGGAGGUCUAGGCGCACUACAUUGAUGUUGUUUGCUGGUGGGGGUGGAAUUUCGGCUAAUCCGAACAUAAGGAGAAGUAUAAGAUUAGAAUGUGAGAAUAGUACUAGCACGGAUGUUAAUGGUUGUGGGUAUUCGGAAUUGUGUGAGUUUGUGGAUUGUUCUAAUGGGGUAUGUGAGCAUGAUCCAAUUAGGUUCAUGAGGCCAAUGUUGCAGGCUAGUUUUUGUUUGCAGCCACCGGGGGAUACACCGACUAGGCGUUCCACGUUUGAUUCGAUUCUUGCUGGAUGUAUACCAGUUUUCUUCGAGGAAUUGUCAGCAAAAAAGCAGUAUGGGUGGCAUCUGCCAGAGGAGAAAUAUGAGGAGUUUUCGGUGUUUAUUCCCAAAGAGGAUGUGGUGUUUAAAGGGGUUAGCAUUGUGGAUGUGUUGAUGAAUAUCCCAAGAGCUGAAGUUAGGAGGAUGAGAGAGAAGGUUUUAGAGAUGAUGCCUAGAGUUAUGUAUAGAAAACAUGGAAGUUCACUGGGUUUGAGUGCCAAAAAGGAUGCAUUUGAUCUUGCAAUAGAGGGUGUUCUAAAGAGGAUCAGCUCUAGACUUAAAGAAGUUGCAGCUCAAUAACUACUUGCAUCCUUUUAUCCUCCUUGUAGUAGUGAUUACUUUUUACCCUUCUUUUCAGUAUUUAUUCAUCAAGGAUGCAUAGAGAUAUUUUGAAUCCACAUUCCCUCUAGCAAUAAAUUAUCUAAAUAUGGCAG